CUUCAACAUCUUCAGCUUCUUCCUCUUUCGUGCCUUUCUUCAUACUCCGCAAUGGCGUCUCAACGGCUGGCGCUGAAUCUUCAGCGUUCCAUGCGAAGCCGACAAGCUCUCAAGUCCAUUCAAUCCCCUCUCAGACGCUAUGCCAAUCCCGUCACGCCGACGAGGACAGAAAGCACAACUCUUUCCAACGGCCUGACUAUUGCGACGGAACAUUCGCCAUGGGCUCAGACUUCGACCGUUGGUGUUUGGAUCGACGCUGGUAGCAGAGCAGAAACAGACAAGACCAAUGGAACGGCUCACUUCCUGGAACAUCUGGCUUUCAAGGGCACAAACAGACGCAGUCAGCACCAGCUAGAGCUCGAAAUUGAAAACAUGGGUGGCCAUCUCAACGCAUACACCUCGCGUGAGAAUACUGUCUACUACGCGAAGUCCUUCAAUUCCGACGUGGGAAAGACUGUUGAUAUCCUCUCCGAUAUUCUCCAGAACUCCAAGCUGGAAUCCUCCGCAGUCGAACGGGAACGAGAUGUGAUUCUAAGAGAGCAAGAGGAGGUUGAUAAGCAGCUGGAAGAGGUGGUUUUUGAUCACUUGCACGCUACCGCAUACAUGCACCAGCCUCUUGGGCGAACAAUUCUUGGACCAAAGGAAAACAUCGAAAGCAUCUCUCGCCAGGACUUGGUCGACUACAUCGGUACCAACUACACCGCGGACCGUAUGGUUCUCGUUGGCGCUGGCGGUGUGCCUCAUGAGGAAUUGGUCAAACUUGCUGAAAAACACUUCUCCGGAUUGAAAUCUGCACCAGCUACAACGUAUGCUGCUGAAAUUGCUGCCGAGCAGAAGCGCAAGCCCAACUUUGUCGGCUCUGAAGUCAGAAUAAGAGACGACACAAUCCCAACGGCACAUAUCGCCAUUGCGGUUGAGGGUGUCAGCUGGAAGGAUGACGACUAUUUUACUGCGCUGGUCACACAAGCUAUUGUUGGCAACUGGGAUCGUGCCAUGGGCAAUUCACCAUAUCUUGGAAGCCGACUCAGCACGUUUGUCAACGCCAACAACCUCGCCAAUAGCUUUAUGAGCUUCUCGACAAGUUACAGCGAUACUGGUCUUUGGGGUAUUUACUUGGUCAGUGAGAACAAGACCAACCUCGACGAUCUUGUUCACUUUACUCUCCGCGAAUGGUCGCGACUGUCAUUCAACGUCAGCGAAGCCGAGACCGAGCGGGCCAAGGCUCAACUGAAGGCCUCUAUCCUGCUUUCCCUUGAUGGUACGACCGCUGUUGCCGAGGAUAUUGGCCGACAAAUCAUCACCACUGGGCGAAGAAUGGAUCCUGCCGAGAUCGAGAGAGUCAUUAGUGGCAUUACCGAGAAGGACGUGAUGCGCUUCGCCCAAAAGAAACUCUGGGAUCAGGACGUUGCUGUUUCUGCCGUUGGAUCAAUUGAAGGUCUCCUCGACUACACGAGAAUACGGAACGAUAUGAGCCGAAAUGCGGCAUAGACGGGGUCCUGCUAAAACGUGCAAGAAGAUGAGGGUUCUGGCAGAGCUGGGGCCAAAGAGGCUAUGUAUUGUACAGUGCAUCAUAAUUCGAAAAGAAUUGCAAUGAAAUACCUGAAAUACCUGAGCAUCCUCGGUUUGACCACUUCAAGCUGUUGGUGGACUGAGCAAGCCUGGAAGCUGUCCGUCUUUGCCAUCUGCCGUGCUUCCUGCU